UCGAAGCCAUGUUGGAUUCCAGAGGUUUCCCGUUGAGUUGGAGAUGAGCUCAGGAAGGAAGUAGCUGAAGAUCCCACCUGGCAGCCAUGACCAAGGCACGGCUUUUCCGUCUCUCGGUGGUCCUCGGCUCCAUUUUCAUGAUCUUGUUGAUCAUUGUGUAUUGGGACAAUGUCGGGACAGCGCAUUUCUACCUCCACACCACCCUCUCGAGGCCUCAGGGGGCGCUCCCCACAGCGGUGAAGGACAACCCAGGUUCUCUGCUGGAGAUGGACGACUUUUUGGAGAACCUUUUAAAUUCCAACCUGAAAAAGAACCUCGAUCUGGGCUGGAAGGCCGAGAAGCCGAAGCUGCGACCUUCAAGCAAACCCGGGGCCAGCAACUUGGAGGAGAAUGUCAGAGGCUACGAGUGGCCCACCCGGGAAGUCAACAUGGUGCUGGACCAAGCAAAGCUGCAGAAGGAGAGACGGCAGAUGUUGCAGGACUGGUGCACUAACUCCAGCUUCUCCUUCCCGACCAAGGAGAGGACCUUCGACGACAUUCCCAACUAUGAGCUCAACCACCUCAUUGUGGAUGACCGUCACGGCAUCAUCUACUGCUACGUCCCCAAAGUGGCCUGCACCAACUGGAAGCGGGUGAUGAUUGUCCUGAGCGAAAGCUUAAUGGACCAAGGCGUCCCUUAUGUCGACCCUUUGGACAUUCCCCGCGAGAACGUCCACAACACCAGCACCCACUUCACCUUCAACAAAUUCUGGCGCCGCUACGGCAAGUUCUCCCGCCACCUGAUGAAGAUCAAGCUCAAGAAGUACACCAAGUUCCUCUUUGUCCGGGAUCCUUUCGUUCGGCUCAUCUCGGCCUUCCGGAGCAAAUUUGAGCUGGCCAACGAGGAAUUCUACCGCCGGUUUGCCAUCCCCAUGCUCAAGCUUUACGCCAACUACAGCAGCCUGCCGACGUCAGUGAGCGAAGCCUUCGAAGGUGGCUUCCGGGUCUCCUUCUCAGACUUCAUCCAGUACUUACUGGACCCUCGGACAGAAAAGUUGGCCCCAUUCAACGAGCACUGGAGGCAGGUGUACCGCCUAUGUCACCCCUGCCAGAUCGAGUAUGACUUUGUCGGCAAACUGGAGACCUUGGACGAAGACGCCACGUACCUGUUGCAGCUUCUCAAGGUGGACCAUCUCCUCCACUUCCCUCCCAGCUACCGGAACAGGACAGCCAACAGUUGGGAGGAAGACUGGUUCGCUAAAAUCCCCAUGGCAUGGCGACAGCGGCUGUACAAACUCUACGAAGCCGAUUUCGUACUUUUCGGCUAUCCCAAACCGGAAAACCUGCUCAAAAACUGAGCAAGAGCCAGGUGGAGGAGUGUUCCUCCCCGCCCCUCUGCCCCCAAAUCCCAAAGAAUCCUCCUUAUUUGAUGUCCUCCAAAUCAGGGGGUCCCCCAAUUCCCAGGCUACGGCCUGUUGAGAACCAGGCCGCGCGAGCAGAAGGUGAGUGUGCACAAACUCAGCUCGAUUCGGGCAAGCGGUGGGCCCUCGCCCUGUGUGUGUGUGCGCGUGACGCUCCAUUCGGGUGAGCGGCAAGUGUGCCCGCUGCUCACCCAAAUGGAGCUUCACAAAUGCGCGUGAGUGCCAGUGCCCAUCAGGUGUACAAAUGGGGCACCAUGCAUCGUGCGAGCGCCCGCCGUUUGCACAAAUAGAGGUUCACGAAUGCUCACGAGUGGCCGUCACUCGCACAAAUGGAACUUCACGGCCGUGUGCGAGAACCUGCUGCUUGUGCCAGUGGUGCUGCGUGUGUGAGCACACCUGCCUGCCGCUCGCACAUGGAACCAUUUCCUCUCUCUCCCCUCCCCCGUUCCACAAAGCUGGAAAGGUUGGGGACCCCUGCCCCAAAUAACAAGGUCCUUCCAGGUGGACUUCCACAAGUGUACCUUUUUCUACAGCCUUUUACACAUCGCUCAGUGGCGAACUCCCGACUCUUCUGCAGGAAAGGGUCUCAAGCCUCAACCAGCCCCCUUCGGGUUUUUUUUUGUCCAGUGUGACCUCUUGAGUUUUGCAUUUGUGUUAUGAUCCGGUGGGUUCUGCCUCUGUUUUAUGUUGAUGCUUUUUUGGGGUGCGUUUAAAACAAAUGGAAAGAAAGAAUUAAUAUAUUAAAAAAAAUAUUUAAUACGGAGCUUGCCGUGGGAAGGAAGAACGAAAAAGUGUGUCCUCUUACGUUGCUUCUGUUCAAACUCCCCCCCCCCAAACCCCAGAGG